ACGUGUUCAUCUUUUUUCAUCUCUUCUGCAAGAAGAGUGCCGCAUUCAUUUUUACUCUUACCGUUUUCACGGAAAAUCGACCUUGCCUUGUGCUUCUCGAUUAUGGCCGUCGAGUCAAAGAAGAAUGAAACAAGCGCAGAAAAAACGGUGAAUUCAGAAGCUUCUAAAGGAGAGGAAUUCGUCAAAAUCAACGGCGAAGGUAAAAGUAAAGAGAUAUCGAAGCAACACAAAGAGGACCAGAAUGCAGGGAAGAAAGGGAGUAGCAUAAAUGGUGAAAAGAAUCUGAACUUGAACACAGAAUCUACUGAGGAUAAAGAAGAUGAAAAAAAAGAUGAACAAGAUGUUGUCUUUGUUCAAGAUGUUGGCUUUACCAUCAAAAUAAUGGCACCAGGAGUGGAGCCUUUUGAUAUCCAAGUUUCAAGCAUGGAAAUGGUCCAGGAAAUUCAUCAAUUGUUGAUGGAUCGUGAAGAUACUUGCCAUCGGACUUGCUUUUCUCUUCAACUGAAUGCAACAACACUGGAUAAUUUUGCAGAAUUGAAAAGCAUUGAAGGUCUUAAAGAGGGUUCUGUUAUCAAGGUUGUUGAAGAACCGUACACGAUGCGUGAGGCAAGGAUUCAUUUGCGCCACGUUAGAGACUUGCUGAAGUCUUUGGAUCCGUCAGACGCCUAUAAUGGACUUGACUGCAGUUCAUUAUCAUUUUUGAACGUUGUUACGCAGGGAGACAUACUAGAAAAGAAAAAAAGUCGUCCAGAAAGUGUAGACUGCACUCCGUCGGAUUCCAUCAUACCCGGUUCAUCCGAGAGACCCUUGCUCCCAUUGCAACCACAAAGUAAAGAGCAAAAAGGGCCCAGUUGCAUCAAAGUGCUCACUACUUCCGGUUGGAAUCCUCCCCCAGGUUACCGCAAGUUACAUGGCGACCUAAUUUACUUGUAUGCUGUUACUCUCGAAGAAAAGAGAUUGCAUAUUACUGCAUGCACCCGAGGUUUCUACAUAAACCAGUCGACCGAUGAAGAGUUCAACCCAAAACCAGCGAAUCCAAACCAUCUUUCGCAUUCAUUGAUCGAGCUACUUUCUCAAGUGUCACCAUCAUUCAAGCGAAAUUUUACUCAGUUGCAGCGAAAACGCACUCAGAGACACCCAUUCGAAAGGGUUGCGACUCCUUAUCAAGUUUACUCCUGGAUUGCACCAAUGGCUGAUCAUCCAAUCGAUGCUAUCAGAGCAGAAGAUGCUUUCUCUUCCAAAUUAGGCUAUGAAGAGCACAUCCCUGGCCAAACUCGUGACUGGAACGAAGAGUUGCAAACAACACGAGAGCUUCCCCGAAAAAAUUUACCUGAACGCCUUUUAAGAGAGAGAGCUAUAUUCAAGGUGCACUCAGAUUUCGUUGCUGCCGCUGCCCGUGGAGCUCAAGCUGUAAUUGACGGGAAUGUUAUGGCCAUUAAUCCUGGCGAAGAGUCCCGUAUGCAGAUGUUUAUUUGGAACAACAUUUUUUUUUCUCUUGGGUUCGAUGUCCGUGAUCACUACAAAGAAUUGGGUGGUGACGCUGCUGCAUAUGUAGCACCUAAAAAUGAUCUUCAGGGCGUAAAAGUUUACAAUAGUGUCGACCAAGAGGGGCUGUACACUCUGGGAACUGUGGUGAUUGACUAUCGAGGCUAUCGCGUCACAGCCCAGUCAAUUAUUCCUGGUAUUUUGGAAAGAGAACAAGAGCAGUCUGUUGUAUACGGGUCCAUAGAUUUUGGGAAAACAGUCGUCACCCAUCCCAAGUAUUUGGAGCUCUUGGGUAAAGCCGGACAACAACUAAAGGUCUUCCAGCACAGCGUUCUCAACGACAAAGAUGAAGAAGUAGAAUUAUGUUCGUCAGUCGAGUGCAAGGGUAUUAUUGGUAAUGAUGGACGGCAUUAUAUUCUCGACCUUUUGCGUACUUUCCCUCCCGAUGUUAACUUCUUAAAAAUCGAGGGAGAAGAACUAAGUAAAGAGGCCCGAGCCCUCGGCUUCCCUGUGGAGCACAAACACAAGCUUUGUUGCCUACGCCAAGAACUGGUUGACGCAUUUGUCGAGUCCCGUUACAUGCUGUUUAUUAAGUAUGCCGCGUUUCAUCUUCAACAAGUUGGCCUUAAAAAGCAAAAAGUGCCAUCGGAACGUGGCACUUCUAUUGAAAAAGAAGCAGCCAAGUCAGAAGAAACGGAAAUUGCUGGUGUUCAAGUCACGUGUGCAUCAGAAAAAGGAACAGAAGAACAGCAGCAACUGAAUUCUGACGAGGCUAAGAAAAUUGUGGAGAGUAUUACCGAUUCGAUCACACAUGGAGAAAAACCUGAUGUAGAAGAGAGCACAAAGGAAAUUGUCCGUAAAGCUGCAGCAGCCGUAGGUUCCUUGAAAGACACGGAAUUCGAUAUCCGUUUCAACCCGGAUGUACUGUCCCCGGGAGUUCGCCAUCCUGAUGGGCUUGUUGCUCUCGAGCGGCUAAAGAAAGAAAAGCAACUUAUCAAAGACGCGGCAGAUUUCCUCAUCACAAUUCAAAUCCCUACUUUUAUUCGUGACUGUUUGGAUCACUCGUCUGCUCCUUUGGAUGGCAGCACUUUAAUCGAAGCAGUUCAUAGUCGUGGAAUUAACGUUCGUUACUUGGGCAAAAUUGUAACCAUGCUAUCUAAAGUACCGCAAUUGGAAUACGUUUAUGUGAUUGGUGUUUCCGAGUUGAUUGUUCGAGCGGCUAAACAUCUUUUUACCAGCUAUAUGCAAGGUGUCGAAAUGAUGGGGCUAUCGGCGGCGAUCGCUCAUUUUCUUAAUUGCUUCCUUGGAUCAAAUCCAACUCCCGUGGCCACACUUGGAGCUGAUGAACUACAAACAAAGCCAUCCAAACGUCGCAAUAAACGCAGGGGAAAACAGAGUCCUCUAUCCAACAACGAAAGCACAGAUUGGAUUCAUAUGACCCCCAAAAGUUUGUGGUCCCUCCUUAAAGCUGAAUUGAGUUCAUACUGGGAUUGGGAAUUAGCUGCUGAUGGCAUUGACGCAGCGAUUGAAAAGUACAUGGGCCAAAAAGUAUCAUUACUUCGAGCUUUCUGCCAGCGCACUGGCAUUCAGAUUCUUAUGAGGGAAUAUGUUUACGAAGUCAAGAAUCGUAAUACUUUUUUCGAAGAAGAUAUCAUUAACGUCUUCCCCGUAGUCAAACACAUUAACCCUCGUGCUAGCGACGCUUUCCACUUCUACACAACUGGUCAGCAAAAGAUUCAGCAAGGCUUCUUAAAAGAAGGUUACGAGCUCAUCAGUGAAGCUCUUAACCUUCUAAACAACGUUUACGGAGCUAUGCAUCCAGAGAUUGCUCAGUGCCUCCGAAUGCUAGCGAGACUAAACUACAUCAUGGGUGAGCAUGUCGAAGCUCUUGGUUAUCAGCAAAAGGCCGUCUUUAUGUCGGAGCGAGUUAAUGGUAUUGACCAUCCGUACACAAUCACAGAAUACACUCACCUCGCUUUAUACUGCUUCGCCAACAAUCAGAUUUCGACUGCCCUGAAACUGUUGUAUCGAGCACGUUAUUUGACUUUAAUUGUCAUUGGAGAGAAUCACCCUGAAGUAGCCUUGCUCGACUCAAACAUCGGUCUCAUUUUACACGCCGUUGGAGAAUACGAUCUCUCUCUGCGUUUCCUUGAAAAAGCACUAGCUUUGAACAAAAAGUAUUAUGGAUCCCGUUCUUUGAAAGUUGCCGUCAGUUACCAUUUGGUUGCCAGAACUCAAAGCUGUAUGGGUGAUUUCCGCUCUGCCCUUCAGAAUGAAAAAGAAACUUACACCAUUUAUAAGCUUCAGUUGGGAGAGGAACAUGAAAAGACAAAGGAGUCGUCAGAAUGCCUUCGGCAUCUCACACAGCAGGCUGUUGUGCUACAGAAAAAGAUGAACGAACUUUACCAAGGGCGUUUGGGAGCCGGUGUUCCGACCACUGGUUUGCCCUUACCUCCUAUUCAAAUCCAACCGCCUUCCAUGGGAAGCGUCCUCGAUAUGCUCAAUGUUAUCAACGGCAUUCUUUUUGUUCAAAUUAGUCCGCAAGACAUAGAAGCGUUCCGUGAAGAGAUGGAACGUCGUCAGAUGACAGAAGGCAGUCCACCUAAAUUGCUUGAAAUGAAAGAUGAGGAGGUGGUGUCAACAGAUAGUAGUCAAGUCAAAUCUUGCAGUUAAUCAACACGCAUGGAAGCGCUUUUCCGCGCGGACGUCAGCA